AUGGUUCUCGACGGCGCGCAGGCCCUGGCUGCUGCGCAACCGUCGGCCCCGGAGCCAUGCGCCGUAGAAGAUUAUGACCGGGCGCGAGAUCGUGAGAUUGCAGCCCUCCUUCCCGCUGGACAUCGAGGCCGGCCCCGAAGCCGGCUUCCCCUCAACCAGGACCCCACCAUCAACGCCCUCGUCCAGCUCGGCGCCCUCCGCCUCAACACCAAACGGUCCUUCCUCUCACUCAUCGACCGCAACUACCAGUACGUCGUGUCCGAGAUGACGCAGUCCCACUCCAUCAUCGAGAAGCGCCACGCCGAGGGCGACGCCAUCUGGAUCGGGUGCUGCAAGCUCGAGGCCUGCUGGGGCGUGUGCCCCACCACCAUGAAGGCCUUUCUCGACGAGACGGGCGAGUGGGCCAAGACGGGCCCCAACAUCAUCGCGAACCGCACGCGCUACAUCGUCAACGACUUCCGCACCGACCCGGCCUACGACACGAGACCUUACGUCGUGGACUACCCCUGGUUCGUCUCCUACAUCGAGGUGCCCCUCGUCUCGUCCCUCGGCUACCUCCUCGGCAGCUACUGCGUCGUCGACGACAAGCUGCACGAGUUCGACAACGACGAGACCGUCGACUGCCUCAACGAGAUCGCCGCCGCCAUCACCGCCCACCUCGAGCUCAUCCACCGCCUCCGAGAGCGCGCCCAGGACGGCCGGCUCGGCGCCCUCGGAACGCAACACAACAAGCGACAGCAUGUCGGACCUCGUCAUGGCCGACUACGCGCCGCCCCAUCAUCCCACCUUGCAACGCUCCUCGUCGUCCUACUCGACCUCGGCCUCGCCGUUUUCGCCAACAGGACGGCCGGCGGCGACGCCCGAUACCUCCGCGCGGGGCGACGACGUGGGCAACCCCUCGACCAGCACGAGAUCCUCACGGAAACCCUCGCCGACCCCGACGAAGAAGCCAUGUCCAUCAGCCAGGGCCCGGGCGCGCCCGAGCCGGCUCGGGCGUCGACCGACCGCGACUCCGACUCCCAGCCCACUCAACGCCGACGCACCCCCGACGUCAACGCCGAAGAAGAGGCCGCCGGCCCGUUUUGCGGCGUCAUCGUCAAGUCCAUCGCCGAGCAGGAAACUCCCGCGGGCGCGGCGGCAGCAGCCGCGGCUACUCCUCCUAUCCGGGUGCCGGAAGCCACACUGCAGAGGCUGAUACAGAAAUACGAGCGCGGCCACAUCUUCACGGCGGACGAGUUCGGCCCCAUCGACGAGACGUACGGCGCGGGCAAACACUUCCCCGGGUGCAGCGUGCCCGUCGGCACCGACGCCGCGCUGCAGUCCGACGUGGCGGCGCUGUUCCACGCCGUACCCGCGGCCAAGUACAUCGUCUUCCUACCGCUGUGGCAUUUCCAGCGCGAGUGCUGGUACGCCGCGGCGCUCGGUUGGAUCGCCGACCCGAUACGCGCCGUCGAGCUCAAGGACAUCAGCCUCGUGUCCGCCUUCAGCAACUCCGUCAUGGCCGAGGUAUCCCGCCUCGAAGCGCUCGCCGCCAACCACGCCAAAUCCAACUUCGUGUCCUCCAUCAGCCACGAGCUGCGUACCCCCUUGCACGGCAUCAUGGCCAGCAGCGAGCUUAUCCGCCAGAGCCUCGGUGCGCUGGACCCGAGCCUCCUGCCCACGCUGGACAUGCUCGACUCGUGCAGCAAGACGCUGCUCGACACCUUUAACAACCUGCUCGACUACACCGUCGUGCUCGGCGGCGGCAAGAACUCCAAGGACGUCGUCGAGGCCGUCAACGUCAGCUACCUGUCGGAAAACGCCUUCCUCACCUCCAUGCACCGCAAGCCGCAGCAGGGCAUCUACUCCACGCGCGUCCUCGACGUCGGCAAGGACCUCGCCAAGCACUCGGUCCUCGUCACCCUCGUCGUCGGCAAGCUGCCCACCGUCACCCUCCCCGUCGACGUCGGCGCCUGGAAGCGCAUCGUCAUGAACCUCUUUGGCAACGCCCUCAAGUACACCGACGCGGGGUACAUCCGCACCGAGCUCACCACACUGCAGCGCACCGAGCGGGCUACGGGCCACGUGCGCGACUACGUCUCCUUCACCGUCGAGGACACGGGCUGCGGCAUGAGCACCGACUACCUCAAGUACCAGAUCUUCACCCCCUUUUCCCAAGAGGACCAACACUCGCCGGGAACCGGCCUCGGCCUCAGCAUCGUGCAGCAGCUCGUCACCCGGCUCGGCGGCACCGUCGACGUCCAGAGCGCCGUCGGCCGCGGCGAACCCGACGUCGAUCAGCUCCGCGGACGGACGGCGUGCUUGCUGUCCCCGGCGCUCUUCGUCGCCCUAGGCCGCACGGAGCCCGCCACCGAGGAGAUGCACGCGCGGUCACUGAUGCUCGACGAAACCCUUCGGUCCAUUGCGGGCGAGGGCCUCGGCAUGCAGAUGCUCGCCUGCGGCGACACGUACCCGAUCCCGUACGCCGACGUCUACUUUAUCGACGCCGGCUUCUUCGGCCGCGACCCCACGGCGUUUACCCACGCCGACAUCGCCAAGGUGUGGCCCCUCAUCCUCGUCUCCUCCGGCGCCGGCGAGUCGUCGCUCCUAACCCCGGGCUCCGUCGAACACUACGGCAUCUGCCUGCGCGACCCCGUAGCGCCCCGGAAGCUGUCCGCGACCCUGCUGGCCGCGCUAAGCGCCAGCCGGCCCCAGCUUUCCCUCCCGGAACUCUGCCCUACUCCCACACAAGCCACCAUCCCCGGCAUCUCGAUACCACCUCCCCCAGUCCGACGGCCACCUCCCAGCCGACAGCCAAUCCUGGGAAGAAACCCCUCUUUCCCCCACGCCGCCACACCCCAGACCCCGACCACAAGCGACGUCUCCGCAAACACGCAAGCAAAGUCGCCCGGGGCGCACCACGUACUCCUCGUCGACGACAACCCCAUCAACAUGAAACUACUCACCAACAUCAUGUCCAAGCUGAAGCACACAUUCUCCACCGCCUCUAAUGGCCAAGAAGCCGUGGACCUGUACGCGGCCUCCCUCGCGCAGCAGCGUGACGGCGGCGGCGGCGGCGGCGGUCCCUUGUUCGACACCGUGUUCAUGGACCUGACCAUGCCCGUCAUGGACGGGUUCGAGGCCACGCGGGAGAUUCGCAAGCUCGAGGCCGAGGCCCAGAUUACCCCGAGCCGCAUCAUCGCGGUGACGGGGCUGAGCAGCGAGUUGAGUCGCAAUAACGCGAUGUCGAGUGGGUGCAACCUCUUUUGA